AUAAUAUCACUUGGUAUACCUCAGGCAGAAACAUGUCCCCCUCAAGCUUAAGUACACAGCCAGCGCACUGCUCACCACUGCCUUUGUCCAAAAGUGCGCACAGCUUUUUCAGUGCCUUCUGCACAGAAGAGAAUGUUGAACAGAGCCUCUCCUAUCUUAAUAGGGAGCUGACCACGCUGGGCUUCCCUUCGCUUUAUGCGGACUCCAAAGGGAAAGAGUUAAACAUAGUAUCGGUUUUAAACUGUGUGAAUGACCUGCUGCUGCUUCAGCGCAAGACUCUACGAGCUCAGGAAGCAGAAACCCAGCAUCUAAAACUGGGUAGCGACAUGGACCACCUGCAGAACAGCUAUACUAAGUUAAAGGAGCAGCUGGAAACCUCUAGAAGAGAAAUAGUUGGACUUCAAGAAAGGGACAGGCAAUUGCAAUGCAAAAACAGGAAUCUACACCAGUUACUAAAAACGGAAAAAGAUGAGGUACAGAAACUACAGAACAUCGUUGCAAGUCGAGCCACCCAGUACAAUCAUGAUAUGAAGAGGAAAGAAAGAGAAUACAACAAACUGAAGGAGCGCUUUCAUCAACUUCUUAUAAACAAGAAAGAUAAAAAAAUGACCAUGGAUGUUCUAAACUACGUAGGUAGAGUUGAUGGCAAGAGAGGUGCAUGGAGAACUGGGAAAACAGAAGCGAGAAACGAAGAGGAGAUGUUCAAAGCUCUCUUAAACGAGUAUGAACAGCGUCAGAAACAGCUUCUGAUAGAAAAUGCUGAGCUCAAAAAGCUGCUUCAGCAAAUGAAGAAGGAGAUAAUUUCUCUCCUUCCAUCACAGAAGCAGAAACCUAAGGAGAAGGCUGAAGAUGGCAAUGGAACUGUUCUCUCAGACAUGGAGGAGGACUCUGGAGAAGCAAAUAAGGAGAAUGUGUGGGAACUUUCUUGUGAAACAGUGCGUGAACAGCUUGCUAACAGCAUUCGGAAACAGUGGAGAAUGCUGAAAAAUCAUGUUGAAAACCUGGACAACCAAGUAUCGCAUGUGCAUUCUGGGUCACCGAGCAACAAAGAUACAAUCUCAAGAGAGAGCCAUGAGCUAGAAGUCGAGAGGCUGCAGUUGGAAAUUCAGCAGUGCAAAGAGAUGGUGAAAACUCAGCAGCAGCUCUUACAGCAGCAGCUAACUUCUCCAUGUGAUGACGACACCAAUAUGUUGCUAAAGGACUGUUACUUGCUGGAAGAAAAGGAGAGGCUAAAGGAGGAGUGGAAACUGUUCCGGGAACAGAAGAAGAACUUCGAGAGAGAGCGCAAAAGUUUUACAGAGGCUGCUAUUAGGCUAGGACUUGAGAGGAAGGCAUUUGAGGAGGAUCGCGGGACUUGGCUGAAGCAACAGUUCUUGAGUAUGACUCCUGACCAAAAUAAAUGCGAUGACACGAAACCUCAAAGUGCCUUCUUGGGAAGUACCGACUCGGAUUAUCCAUUAGCAAAUUUCAGGUAUCGCCAAAAGAAACUGAACCACAUGACCAAUGCCUCCAAAUUCUCAGAUGUUUGUCAGGCAGCUCUGCAUAUCCUUGAGAACAGUGCUCCUCCGGAUAAAACGCCCGAUGACCGAAAGCCAAGCCAGGUUAGAAAGGAGCAGUUGAGAAAGAUGCAGACCACGGAUGCCAGCCCCGUUGCCCAAGACGAUGUGGACAGCUUGCACAUGCUACUGCCAGCAAACCUAUGCACAGAGCACAUAGAUAACUUGCCUUAGAUUCUCGUACCUCUUUCACUCUCUCUCUCUCUCUCUCUCUUUGUUUAACUGGAUGUGUCCAUAAACUUUCGUUUGGCGAAACAGGGUGUUUGUUAUUCAUGGAAUCAAUCAGCGGAGAUUGUGAUAGCGGUUGUGCUGUAUGUGUGGCUUUUUAAGGAUUCCCCCCCCCAUCCCAGCCCUCACUUCAGACCUUUCCUAUCUGUACCCUUUUGAAAGGCUGUUUAAAAAUAUAUGUCUUGAAACAGAUUAUAUUCUUAGUACAGAAGACGUUCUUGAACUGAAGGAAUGUGUGACUCUUCUGAUAGUGAAAUUGUAUUUUUUACUUCAGGUACUAGUAGUGCUUUUAGCACUAGUAUGGGGGAAUAUUCACUUGCGUCUCAAGUGUAACUGGCAUUGAAACUCUUCCCCGCCUCCGCCCGCCCCCCCCCCUUAACUUGAAUGUACAGCAUAUUGCAGGUGAUUAACACGGCAGGCUCUAUAUUUAUUGUGUGACAUUGGGAUUACCUCUUUUCAUAAAUUAAAAAGCAAGGUAUUAGCUUGCACGUAGAUGGAUAUACGGUAACGUGUCAAUGCCAUGAAAUUAAAUUCACAGGUCCCAAAAAAAUCAUAGUAUUUUACAUGCCAAUUGUCACAGAGGGUUUUUUUU